UGACGUCAACAUCAGCAAUGGAGGAGAGGUUUUGUCCAGAAAUGCACAACUAUGCACCAAGGCGAUAUCCCAGGGAAUCUUAUGAAGAAAAUUCACAGUAUGAUGAGCUGGCAUACGAUUACUAUGAAUCUCCAUCUCACAGGUCGGAGAGAUGGAGGAAUGUGUCCAAUCAGGCUGAUAUGCAUUCCGAAAGCAAUAGAAGAUAUUACGAUGAUGCUACUUACACUUCUUCAUCCAGAGACAAUUUCUUGGAUCAUGACGAUAGAGAUGAUUGCCAUUCACAGUACAACGAUUUGAGGAAUCCCACUGACACCGGUGGGGAUGCAGGAUUGUUUGGCAGGCCAGCAAAUUCAAGUGACAGUGAUGCCAGGAGAGGAUAUGGGAUUUACCAGAGAUCAGCGAGCCCUGCUGAGUCUAGAGAUCGACCAGAAUCAUACAGAAGCCCAAGUAAUUGGCAGUCUCAGAGUUCAGUUGAUGACUCGAGAGAUUACCAAUUCUACAGGAGAUCCCAAAGUCCUGAUGGCAGAGAUAGUCAUGGUUCAUAUAAUAGAUCCCAAAAUCCUGUUGCUAAGUCAGGGCAUUUAGAAUCACGCAGGCGAUCCUGGAGCCCUGGCCAUAAGACUGGGGAUCAGGGAUCAAAACCCACAACGGGAAGUCCCGUGAAGGCACCUGAUGCAGAGUUAUACAAAUUAUUAAGUAAUGUUAUUGAUAAUGCUCGGCGUAUGAAAGCUAGUAAAAAUGACCCCUCUCACACAUCUUGGAGCAACUCAUCUAGGGAUUCCCCUCAAAGGGAUUCUUCUGCUUACCAGACCGAUGCACCUACACUUGGGUUCCAUGGAGAUGAGGAUUAUACACCUCAUUUGAAUCAGCAGAGUUAUAGUCACAAAAGCACGGAUGUUUCCAAAAGAAGUCGUUCUUUACAUGGUCCUCCUAAAGGUACAAGAGCACCUUUGCUUAAGCGUCCCAAGGUUCCAGCACGACGUGGCCUUCUAGGGAGAGCCCCUGGCCUCCUUGGGACUGCACCUGGUCUUCUAGGGGUAGCACCUGGCCUCCUAGGGAUAGCUCCCGGGCUCCUGGGAGUUGCCCCUGGGAUACCAGGAACAUCGCCUGCCUUACUAGGGUCAGGCCCUGGCCUUCUGGGGACAGCCCCUGCUGGUUUAGCAGGGUCUUCCAUAUCUAGUGCGCCAGUGGCCACCUACAGAAAUGUAUCCUCUGACUCUUCUCAUUUGCAGUCACUGGGGAAUAUAUCUACCACUACAGGUAAUCAAAUGGAUCUGGAGCAACAAAUAAUAAAGUGGGCUGGUUUUCAGAGUGUUGACCAUUCUGUUAAAAAAAAGUUUGAUUCCAAUACAGAUACUUACUCUAAGGUAGUCUUAGCUUUCCGGUGCUUGAUGUCGCAACAGCAUCAGGAUAUCUGUCAGUCAUCAUCAGCAGCACAUCUGGGCCUCACGUGCCCUGUGAUAGAUAAUUCUUUUGUGUCUCUGCUGAGAAGGAAGAAUAUCAUUACAUGCAGGAAAGCGCUGGAUGAUCUUGUACAACAUGAAGAUCCGCUUUUGCAAGAGGUUCAGAAUAGACUGCUGGAAUGUGUAGGUCCCCUGUUUGUAGCAACAAAUAACCAUGAAUUGAGCUCCAAGGUGCAAAGUUCACAAUCUGCUAACGAACUUGCCAGUGUACUUGAGCAGGUGAUCACGGCAUGCCGCCAAACAAUGGUAUUUGUUGGGCAAACAUUUGCAUUUGUCAGCCAAGAAAGAAGGAAGAAUCUGUUAAACAAAACCGGACUUGCAUCAGUAGCUCCAAGCUACGAAUAUUUCACAAAUCUGGAAAACAAUGAGCUCUUUGGAAACAAAUACACAAAUGAGCUGAAGAGCCGAGUGGAGCAUAUCUACCUUACUCCAGUACAUAGCCAGGUUUCUAGUUCCAGUAAGUUCAUGGUCAAAGAGGAACAAUCACCAAAUGAUACAGCAAUCAAGCCUUCAAAAAUUUCCCAUUUGUCAGAUGCCAAAUCUGGCACACAGACAGAUGUAGGUUCUUUGGCACCAGAUGACAACAGUAGAUGCAAGACAGAUAAAGAUUCAGCGUCCACUGAUGGCAAUGGCAAGAGUGCGGCAGAGGAUGCGGCAGUAGCUGACGAGGAAGGCAUCUGUCCUCCAGACGACCCACAAGUCAAGAAUAUUAUUGACAAGCUGGCAAUGUUCGUAGCUAACAAGGGUGAGGCAGCAGAGAAAGCAGUCAUGCAGUACAAGAAAGAGGACCCCAAUUAUAGGUUUCUUCAUGAUACAGAAAGCAAUGGGUUCAAAUAUUACAAGCAAAAAUUGGCACAGUUUUCUACUGAAAAAGUGUCUGAGUCAAACCAAGGUGAAUCAGAGUGUAAAACAUCAUUGGAAGGAAUGAAUGAAUUGGAAACAAAUCCAGAGGAUUUGCAGCCAAAGGUCCUCAUGCAAGCUGAGACUGCAACAUCUUGUCCAUCUGAAGAAAAAGAUGACUCUCUCAGCGACACAAAGACAAAAAGCACUGCAGAAAAACUAGCCAAGUUUGUUGCUGAAUGUGGUCCAGAGCUGGAAGAGAUUGCUAUUGAAAAUAACCGGGAUAAUCCAAUGUUCUGGUUUCUGUAUGAUGAGAACAGUUCAUACUUCAAAUAUUAUAAAGAGAAAGUGAAGGAGUACAGUGCGAUAGAGAAAUCAGAAUCUUCCACAGAUCCUGCAACAGAGGCGGGAUCCUCUGGCCAUUCUGCCCUGCGCACCAAAAAGAGGAAAGGACUAACGUUGAAAGUGGGCAUGCUACCACCUAAGAAAGUGCGCCCGAGAGCUGCCCCUUCACCAGUUCGAGAAUUGAAGAGAAUUGGUUAUGACAAGCCAACAUACAAACCGAAGAAAAAGCCGAAAACAGAGGAUAUAAAUUACACCAAAAACAAACUGGCAACGGACAACCUUGGGUACCAGAUGCUACAGAAGAUGGGCUGGAAGGAUGGAGAGGGACUGGGCUCAGAUAAGCAGGGCAUCAGAGAUCCUGUAAACAGGGGUGUGACAUCAUCAGACAGGUCUGGCCUGGGAGUCGGUGGGCCUGCAGAGGGAGAUGAUGGGGAUAACGAAUUUGCAACUUUUCGCAAACGGAUGAUGAUGGCGUUCAGAACCAAACUGCUGUCGAAGUCCUAGGUUAAUGUUGGGCUAGUGAUGUUGGAGUUGCGGGAAAGUGGAGGAUGGUCUUCAUAGCACAGGUUGAGAGGGUUGGAGGCCAAAUGAAAAAUGGAAAAAGAAACACCUGAAAAUGCAGAAUGUUUAUAAUAAAAACUAUCCAGACAAGGACCGUACUGGAGCCCAUUAUACCUGAUGAAUCACUGUACCUGGUAACUUGCUAUACAUAGUAACCUGGUAAUUCACUAUAUUUAGUAACCUGGAGACUUAUUGUAUAUGGUAACCUGGCAACUCACUAUACUUAGUAUCCUGGAGACUUGCUGUUCAUGGUAACUAGGAAACAUAUUGUAAUCGGGAGCUCAGAGUACACAGUAGCCUGGUAACUCACUGUACCUAGUAAUCUAGUAGCUCACCUGAUAACAUGCUAUUCCCGGUGACUUGGUGUACGUGGAAUUCACUGUGCCUGGAAACCUCGUAAUGGUGUAUGUGGUAAUCUGGUAAUACAGUAUACCUGCCAACCCACCAUGUGACAACAGUGCUCCAAUUGGAUAAUUUAGGAUAUCCAAUGUGUCUGGAUCCAUAUGUUGUUGGUAUUUCUGGUUGGAUCCGGGUGUAUACACUUGAUCCCUUUGAUGUCAGAGGAUGGACUAUUAUAGGAGAUCUAUAAUGCACUUGUUUCAUUUUCUAAAUUUUUUAAAACAUGUCUUCAAGAAUUCUCCUAUUUGGAUAUCAAUGUUUCUCAUAAUGAAUUCUCAUAAUGAAUGGACUAGGCUGUACCUUUUCCUAUUCCUAUCGCCCAGUGUUAGCUUUUCCUCCCUGCAACCCAUAUUUAGGUAACAAUCUUGGCCUUCACUGCUGCACACUUUGGCCUGAGGUAAGUAUCUGAGUUGGACGCAACAAAGUUCUCGGUUAGGUAUUGCCAGUUACUGGUAUAGAGCUAUUGACCAUUCAAUUAUUGGGUGCAGCAGACACACAAAAUAUGAUUGCAUCAGUGUAAAUAAACACAGCCAAACAAGUGUUAAUCUAGCAAUGGCUGCCUUCACUUACUUUAGUUGGAGGGAGGGACUUAACGCUAUUGCAGGAGAAAACAAAGUGAAGCACAUGGAAGAGAAAACAAUAGUGUUUUUCAGAGCCAGGCCAAGUUGCCGGGUCUGCAUGAAGUUGACGCUGCACUUUGGAGACAGUUUGUAGUGAAACCAUUUAUGAAACACAUUUGCAGCCUUGCUAUUAGUGUUAGCUUUGUCCUACACAAUUUUGACCAAAACUAGGCUGGCUCCCCCAGGAGCUCGUACAACUUCAAAUCCCACUUGUCCCAUCUCUAAUCCCAAGUGCACAAAUCAUGCAGCAACUGAGGUAAAAAUUGACAAAGGUUUUAAAGCAUGAGAUUGUAUGGCCCCGUGUCUCUAUGGGAUGGAGGAGAGGAAGGGAAGUUUUGCAUAAGCAUAUGUGAGACAGUGUAAUCCUGGAUGAGGAGCAAGUGAAAAGCAAGUCAAUAGCAGUACCCUGAAUUUGGAACAAUAGCCUAAUAGAGAGGAACACCCUAAUAAUGGUAAAUCUCUUAGAGCUUUGAGUUGCAGUAUUGUACUGAAAGUGCUUGUUCAGACUCCUGUGCCGUUUCUUUACUUAGCGUUACCAUUGUGUUGUGUUAUUUAUCAGUAGUAGAGUAUUGUGGUGUUGCUUCACUUAACUCGAUCACCGUGCAUGUAGCACACGGAGUGGUGAUGUAACUCACCCCGACCUCGCCUUCCCUGCAGGUGUACUAAAGGUGCCACCUGCAAGCCAUCAUCUUUGAUAGUGAACGAGUUGGAAAGAGUGACAGUUUCUAACAUGUGACAUUUAUAAUCUGGAUAUACUGUACAAAAAAAAAUUAAAACAAAUGUGCGCAAAGUUUGUCUGUCUCUCACUCCCGGUGGUACAUUGGUACAUCCAACGAUUCACCCACUUUAUGCACAGGUGUCCCAUCAAUAGCAACAGUACAAAUGAGCAGUUAGACUGUUGGUGCUGUAGUCCCAUAUUUUGAGGUAGACAGUGAGAGUAAAACAGCCUCUAUUCCAAUCAUGAUGUUUAACUUUACCUCAGGAACAGGGGACUUUAUUCAGUCACCUGUGAGGUGGCUUGAUCAACUGAGUACGGCUGAUGCAACCUCAUCAAUUUCAGUGUGGAUUACUGUAACAGAAGACAACUGAAGUGCACUAUGGUACCCACAUUCAACAUGCUUGAAGCUUGUGAUGGUGGGGGAAGGGGAUGAAAGUUGGGCUCACUUAUAUUCAAAAAGCUCAAUUUGGCACCAUUUAGCGAGUGAUCCAAGGGAUUGUGAACAUAUUUGCAGCCUUGAUAAAUCAGGAAAUUUGCAACUGUACUCGGAACUUUCACCUUUUUUUAUUCUUUGAAUAUGAGUCUUUUUCUCAUCCCCCAUUGGUCCAUUGCAACCUCCCUCAGUAUCCUCUCUAUCUGUUCCAUCCUGUACAACUCCCCUUCCUUCCCCAUACAUCCACUUAGUCUCCUUACAGAUUCCAGUUAUUUGUCCCACUUCAGUCCUCACAUGCGUUUUCCUUUUCCUUACUAUAUCUUUCUUGGGUGCUUCAAUAUUUUUAAGUGGCAGUGAUUUACCAGCUGUCACACAUUUAGACUAAUCCUACAUUAAUCCCAUUUCCUUCUACCAAAAUUUCUAUCAACUCUUCUAGAUUCUACUACUCAAUACUAGGGAAAGUUUACAGUGACCAAUUAACCCCACAACUGACACGUCUUUGGGAUAUGGGAGGAACCUAAUGCCCUCAUAGUAGGAGCAAUAAACAAUCUGCUGGAUUGAGUAACAUCAUUGGGAGAAAAUGAUCUGUCUACUUGUCCUGUCAAAGCACUGCAACAGGACUAUUCCUCGCAUUUGCUGCUUGAUUCACUGAAUUCUUCCAGCAAAUUGUUUGUUGCUCCAGCCUUCAAUAUCUGCUGACUCUUGUGUGGUCACAGUAGGCACUGCUGUCAGUGUGGGGAUGAAAUAUUUAAUAUUCCUGAAUAUCCCAUUGAAUGGGAAAUGCUCUAUUACAAUAUCAACUCAGGCUUUCUUCCCUCUGAGCUGUGUGACUGCACAUUAAGUGGAAAAUGCUCCUGUGUACAUACCCUUUGUUGCCACACUGCUGGAGUUUUUUAUAUAAUUUUGAAAUUAUGCUAAUAUAAUUGUGAAACACCCCGUGAAUUGUGUUAAUGAAUAUAAUCCGUAAAUUUUCUAAAUAAUAAACAUACCACAACCUUUGAGAUAUUUUAGAGCUUCGACCU